AUGCGAAUAAGUGCGGUCAAGAGCUGGCUGCUAGCCGCACUCUCGUUGGCGAGGCCCGCUGCUUCACAAGAUCCUCAAGCUGGUGCAGCUAGGGGUGUGUUUACGUUUAAUCCAUAUCGAGGCUUCAUCGACCCCAGAACUACAAACCUACCUGGAAAACCCGCGGUAAUUGCACCUCCGGCAGAUGGCAUCGAAUUCCAAUGGAACAUUACGGACAACGCCGAACUCAACGUCAUCACUCUAUAUCACACCCCGAAAGCGACAAAAGACGAAAUUAAGACGAUGUCGAUGCCGCUGGCGAGUAGCCCUGGUGUGAAGGAUGAAACGCCUGAUGGGUCUGCUCGAACCGGAGGUAACCCCUUGUCGUCAAAUAUUCCGCGUGACUCUCUCGGUCUUACAGUCACUCGAACGUCUGCAGCAGGAGGCACAUUAUCAAUCGAUUUUAUGUAUCAACUUGUUGAAAAAUCCCCGUAUGGUAAUUAUUUGUAUUUUGAAGCUGCUUGGACGCGGAACGGGAGGAACGGCAGGAGUUACAGUCGCCUUUUCAAAGUAUUUUCAACCGAUGGCAGUCAAUCGGCCGCACUAACGGCAGCAUACAAUGAUACUUUGCUCCAGGAGGGAAAUCAGGGACCGGCCUUGGCUGAAGAACAGGACAAGAAAGACCCGACAGGAACAACUGGGACAAGCAAACCAACUAAGGCAUCUUCUACCGAUUCAGGGCCGGCCUUAGCCACCUCUACCAACACCAGCGGCGAAAUCAGCGCCACCGCAACGUCCACCAGCUCCAACAGCGACAAGAAAGGUCUCACCAUUGGUGCCAUCGUCGGAAUCGCCAUAGCCUGCGGUCUCAUCGGCCUCGCCCUCAUCGGCGGCAUCGUUUUCUUCUGCCUUCGCCGACGCCAGAAGCAAAACGCUCUCGGCGGGGGUGCCAACCGCGGCGUGCCUUACGGAGGUUUCGCCAGCGGCGUCGGUCGAAACGGUGGCGACGAGCUCAUGUCCGAGAAGGAAGCUAACGCGGGCGUGAUCCACGAUGUGACGAGCUCGCCUAACUCGCCUUACUCUGAUGAUGGAAACCACCAACAACACCUCAUAGGAAUGGGAGGUAUCGGCGCUGGUACCAGCAGCAGGAAUAGCGGUAGUGUCGUUAUUCCUAGCACUGGUUCCGGCAUUGCCCCUCAUGCUGUUCUGCCUGGAGUAGAUUCAAGAUUAGACGGGGAUGGAGGUAGCCCGGUUUCGAACACCCCGUCCCACCACAUGCAACAGCACGAUCAUCAAUCUGGAAAGUCGUAUACCAUGUACUCUGAUCAUCAGUCCGGUGGAGGAGGAGGGUCGCCGACUACUUUGCACAGCGGUGCUGGCGGCGCACCAUCGCUCACACAUGGGGGAGCAGGCACUGAAAGCAACCGGGGUAGUCUGAUCAGCCAGCAGCAGCAGGGCAGGAGCUCGUUGACGCCGUAUGCUCACUUGAUUGAGGAGGGGAUGACGGAGGAGCAGAUCAGGACAUUGGAGGAGGAGGAACGUCAGCUUGAUGCGGCGAUUGAACAGCAUGUAGGAGGGCAGCGGGGGUCUAGGAACCUAUGA